UGUGUCCACGUCUUCUAGAAUUACUGGCUUCCCUACUUUCAAAGUCUCCAUCUGCAGUCACUGACUCAAGUGCUUCCUUGUUGUCUCCGUGCUUGAAUGCCUGACAUGGAAAGCAGCACUGGACAAUCGCCAACCAUGGACAUAAUUGAUGAGAAUUUUUUCGAUUUCUUGGAGAUUUUUAAAAUGAAUGUGACAUAUGACCCAAGAUCUGUGGUUGGUACAGAUGAAAUACUCUGUAAUAAGUCAAAUGUCAAUAAGUUUGGCUCUGCUUUCAACCCAGCUUUCUUCUAUGUCAAUUUCCUUCUGAGUUACCUUGGUAAUGGGCUCGUCCUAUACAUCAUCUACAAGUAUGAGAAGCUCAACACGGUGACAAACAUUUUUCUGCUCAAUCUGGUCCUCUCCAACAUCCUUUUUGCCACCAGUCUUCCAUUUUGGGCAAAAUAUCAUCAGUCUGAAUGGAUUUUUGGAAAUGUUUUGUGCAAAAUGGUCAGCAGCGCCUACUUCAUUGGUUUCUACAGCUCCAUCCUUUUCCUCACACUCAUGACAUUUGACCGAUACCUUGCAGUGGUGCAUGCAGUGGCAGCUUCCAAGAGCAGAAAGAGGAGCUAUGCCUUCAUUUCUUCUGCAGUGGUUUGGUGCAUCAGUAUUAUAGCCAGCAUGAAAGAGCUGGUUCUCCAGAAUGUGUGGAAGCCUCCACUCAACGGGCUGGUGUGUGAGGAGUCGGGAUACCCUGAAUUUACAAUGGCAUUCUGGCGUCUGGUCACUUACUAUCAACAAGUUUUGGUUUUCUUCCUCCUCCCUCUGCUCAUGGUGACUUAUUGCUACACUAGCAUCACUAUCCGCAUCCUAUCCACACGAAUGAAGGACAAAUUUCGUGCCAUCAAACUGAUAUUCGUCAUCAUUUUCACCUUCUUCAUCUGUUGGACCCCGUACAAUAUCGUCAUCCUCCUUCACGCCAUACAGAGCUCCAGUUCGGAGGUUGAUUGUGCAUACUCUGACAAGCUAGACUAUGCAUUGUUUGUGACCAGAAAUAUAGCCUACCUCUACUGUUGCAUUAGUCCAGUGUUUUACACAUUUGUGGGUAAAAAGUUCCAGAGUCACUUCAAAAGGCUACUUGUUAAGAAAAUCCCUUGUUUGGGGAGGCACAUAAGUCUUAACAGCCAAAGCACAAGAUCCACAUCACAGAACUGAAAAAUAUGAAUUGAUAUUGCAGUGGUUAAUAAUAAUGCAUAGAUUCUUUUUUGUUCAUCAAAUUUGAUUAAUCUCUAUAAACCUAUUGAGCAGGUUCCCAUUAGACGAUGACUAUCCAUUGCUGAAUCAGUAAAAUGGCACGCUGUAUGAAUUUGAGUCAGAACUUCAUGGUGAAAUCAUGUUGAAACAACAUAAGUAUUAGCUUUAAGUAUUGUACACACAAUUUAAGGAUGAUGUAGAAUUUAUAAAGAUGACCUACUGCAGAAUUUUAAGACACACACAUACACACUAACUAUUUAAUGCAAAAUUCAAGUCUGACUUCAAUGCCAUUUGUCAUCCAUUGUGAUUUAAUUGCAUUUGCUUUUGUAAGUCAAACCACUCUGCACGAGGCCAGAUGACAAUGACAUCUGGUCACUGUCGGUGACAAUGUGACAUCAAACUGCACUUAAAUGUGCAAGUACAGUACCUGCCCACUUCAGUGCUUUCUUCACGGCCCAUUUCGUGAAGAUGGACUAUAGAAUGUGUGCAUAUCCUGGUUCUCUGACAGAGUGUUGUCGAGUCACACCAAGCCAUCCAAAUGUAUACUUGUGCAAUUGCUGUGGUUUAUUGAAAUGGUGUACUUUUGCCACACGACCUGUACCUGUCUUUACUCUUAUUUUUCCAUGGCUCCUGUAGAGACACCGUGUGCAGGGGUAAAUGCCGUUCAGUGCUGCAAACCUGCAAAGAAAACCAGCAUAUCCUGGUUUUUAUACUCGCCAAACCAGACGCAAUCCAGCAAUGUUCUGAUAGCUGGACCAGUUGCAAAACACAUCAAAUCCAGCAAGGUUCUGAUGGAUUUGUCAUGUUUUGUGAUUUGUUUUGCUGGAACAGGAAACUGAAACUUUCUUAGCAGGCUAGGCCAGCAGAGGAGUCAUUGCUAAACCCAAAAACUCACAUUGCAAGGGUAUAGGUUCGGUCUCAACAUUGGUAUGGACAAUAUAACAACAUAACCUGCAUGUACACUUUUUGCUGAGGGCAAGACAUUAAUAAGACCAAACAAAUUGGGUAAACGGGGGUCAGGGCUACAUUUCUCACAAAUAUGAACAUAAUUAAUUGAUAGGCUAAAUGAUCAAUGCAAAAAUCUGUAUUGACUAUGGGUGUAACGGUACACAAAAAUCUCGGUUCGGUACGUACCUCGGUUUUGAGGUACGGUUGGGUUCAUUUUCGGUACAGUAAGAAAACAAAAUGCAAAAUAUAAAUGUGCUAUUUGUUUGUUACACACCUUUGUGCUUUCAACAAUAGGAACAUUAGACUAUACAAAGCUAGAAUUCUGCUCAAAAAGGUAGCAGGUAUUUAUAGAUAAUUCAACAACAAUUUGCCUUUCAGACCCCGCGUAUUGGUCAGAAAGAAAGAAAAAAGAAGUCCUGUGCUAAAGAGAAAAGCAAUCCCAAUGACAAAGAUUUUAACAUGCAUUUUACAAAUGAAACGCCUCAAUGAAUCAUUUUUUUCAUAUGAAUGGUUUUCAAAAGCUUUAUUGGUGCAUUUUCUCAAGUUAAAGUGCCACACAGAAAUUAAUAAAUUCAAAUGUGUAAGCAG